AUGUCUUCAGAGGAGCAGGAACUUCUAGCCAAGAUCAGCAGACUGGCUGGCAAGAUCAACCGCCACAAGAGCCAGCAGUCCGGCGCGCAGUCCCCGGCAGCCCAUCAACCAGCUCACAGUUCGCACAACACCUAUCGAUCGAGCAGCCAUCACUAUCAUCCUUAUCGCGGCGGCCGACAUGGCCCUGCCCACCGAAAUCGAACUCUGAAUAGCGGCAGCCACACGCCGACGGCAGAGGCACAACCAGCUUCCAACGCCGUCAUUUCCAACGCUUCAGGCUCGUGGGUCGCGACCACAAAUCGGCACAACAUGCAGCUUAUCAACUCGAACGUGUUUGAGGAAAAGAACCAGAAGCGCACAGAAGCCAUCGAGGCCACUCGAAAACAGCAUCUCGCGUCCCAGAACGCACGCGAGGCCUCUCAGCUGACGUCUCACCUCCACCAGCGCCAUGGGCCCCGUGUCAAGACCACGUCGUCGAUAUUCAAGGCAUCAGCUUCCGCGUUACUUGCAACGGCAGCAAGCUCGUCAAACUGGCUGGCACGUCGUCUCGCACCUCACCUCCCCCUCGGACCUACCUACUCACAUCUACCAGGCGACCUCCACUCGGCCAGCGCCACACCCAAGGUUGCCGUUGUCGGCGGUGUUCAGUUCCGUCGCAGCAAGAAUGGCAACCUGUAUCGGCAGGGCGUGAUCAAACUCCAUCCACAUGCGGGCGUGAAAAAGGUCAACGUGCCUUGCCGCAUGUUUUCGUCGACUGGUUCCUGCCCCAAGGGCCCGACCUGUCGCUACAUCCACGACGCGUCCAAGGUGGCGGUGUGCCGCGACUUUCUCCAGAAGGGAAAGUGCGCCAACGGCGAGGAUUGCGACCUGUCCCAUGAUCUGUGCCCGCAGCGCACGCCGACGUGCCUGCACUUCAUCAAGGGCAACUGUGCGAACCAUGAGUGUCCAUAUGCCCACAAUAACGUGUCUCCAGGUGCGCUGGUAUGCCGGCCGUUUGGCCUCUACGGCUUCUGCGAGGCAGGACAAGAGUGCACCGAGAGGCACGUGUCCGAAUGUCCCGAUUUCAGCAACACGGGAGUGUGCAAGACCAAGGGCUGCAAGCUGCUGCACCGCGAGAGGGCAAGCGUCCUGCGGAAGGCGGGCGAGCAGCAGGAAGACGCCGACAUGUCGAGCGACGACGACGUGGCCGACAGCGACGAUGUCGACUCGGACGAGGUCGACGAGUUUCUCGGUGGCGACGGCGAGGUCGAUGACGCGGAGGUCAAGGCGCAGAGCGACUUUAUCUCCUUUUGA